AUGACCAGCACUCCCCCUCGAGAUCUCCAAGUCCUUGUACCAUCUACAAUUGAUACAUAUAACACUUGGGUCUCGUCCCAUGGCGCUGCUCAUGCUGUAGAUGUUCUGGCGGCUGACAACUCAACUCGACUACUGUGGAUUGGACCAAGGAAGGCAAAGAAGGUGGUCCUCUUCUUUCACGGUGGUGGGAAAGAAGCACUCGAUGCUGGGGUGCAGCUCAGUGUGUGUAUUCUCGAAUACGAUUUGAUCCCCGCCAAUCCGUAUCCUAGACAAAUGUUGCAAGGCAUCCUUGCCCUCGAGCAUUUGAUAGAAUUGGGAUACAAACCAUCAGAGGUAUCGAUCGUCUUUGGUGGUGACUCUGCAGGCGGCCAUCUGUCUCUAUCGCUCAUGGCUCAUCUUCAUCGUUCCCGUGCCGUGAAAUACACAUCAAGGAGUCUCUUUGAACAGUAUGGCAGUGUAAGAGGGUGUUUCCUUGUGUCACCUCUAGCAUCUUUCAGACUCAGUACCCCCUCCUAUCAAAGGUGGUUUAGUGCCGAUGUCUUGAGCAGGAAGGUCGUGCAUAAAUGGGGACUCUAUCUUGUGGAAAAAUCUCCUUGGCAGGAGGAAAUUUCCGCCGGUGAUGGCUGGGGUAUGGCACUGGAUGUGCCAGGAAGCUGGUGGGAGAAUUUAAAGGCUAUUGACCGUGUGCUUGUCACUGGUGGCUAUGAAGAGGUCUUCAGCGAUCAUAUCCAGCAACUGGGCAAGAUGCUACAAAGCAAAAGCCAUGGUGAGGUGACGCUCUAUAUGGGCAAUGAAACCCACGAUGGACCUUUGAUGGACUUUGCCGCGGGCAGGCGUCCGAGUGAAACGACCAAGACCAUUACAGACUUUAUAAUAUCUUGUUUCAAGGAAUGA